AUGGCUCAACGUUUGAAGGCGGUCAUAAUGAAGAGGUACAGGGUAACAGAAUUUCCUUUGAUGCAAGUAGAAGGAUCAUUGGCAACAAAAACAUUGAUGUUCAAGGAUUCAGUACGAUAUGCGAGAAGGGUUGGCUUUGCUGCCAAGCGAUCAACGAGCAGAAGAUCGACAUAUGAUGGGCAGCUUGACAAACAGGUGUUCCAGUGCACCAAGGAAGGGCAGAAUAAAACAACUGAGAGACUUGUUAAGGAGAGAAGGAGCAACUGCCCAGUCCAAAUAACAACCAAGAGGGAUACAGAUAGGAGGAAAUGGCAUCUGAAGAACGUACGCCUAGAGCACAACCACCUACUUCACCCAUCUGAUUGGAUGCUGAAGUUCAUGAGAUGCUAUAAGAAGAUGACACCUCAGGAGAAAUUCUUUAUACAAGUGCUGCAGAAGGCAAGGUUAGAACCAAGGAAGGUUAUGCAGAUUUUUACUGCCAUGGGGAAACCGAGGCGAGAAAUUAUGUUCGACACGAUUGACAUAAGCAACAUUGCAUGCCGGGACAGGGCUGGAGAGUGCAAUACUGAUAUCGAGGACACCAUGAAACUGUUUGCCGAUAUGCAGAGGCAGAGGGCGGGAUUCCACCAUGUGGAAGAGAUAGAGAACAAUAUAGUGAGGAGCCUGUUUUGGACAGACUCCUUGUGCAAGAUGAAUUAUGAUCUAUAUGGAGAUUUCGUGUCUUUCGACAUGACAUUCUCUAUGAAUAUAUAUGGCUUGCCAUUUGCACCAAUUAUAGGUGUCAACAACCAUGGGUCGACCGUCCUGUUCGGAGUAGGCCUUUUGAAGGAUGAGAAAAUAGGGUCAUUCAAGUGGCUCCUAAGCAUGUUUGUCGAGGCAAUGGGAGGAAAAGAGCCGAAAUACAUAAUAACAGACCAGGACCAGGCGAUGAAUACUGCAAUAAAGGAAGCCCUUCCGAGAACGAGGCACAGGUUCUGCUGGUGGCAUAUUAGGAAGAACAUGAAGGAAAAUAACGCAUCAGUGUUUGCGCAGCACCCAGGGAUGUCUGAUGAUUUAUUUCGAAUCGUCAAAAACUCACUAGAUCAAGACGAGUUUGAGCGUUCCUGGAAAGCAGCAAUUUCUAUGCACAAGGCGGAAGGCAACAAACACCUGAACACGCUAUGGGAACUUCGAAAUUUUUGGGUGCCGGCCUACUUCAAGGACUGCUUCUAUCCUUUCUCAUCAACAACCGCUCGCGGUGAGAGCACAAAUUCGAUGUGGAAGAAUUACGUGGACCACAGGGACACUAUAACAAGAAAAGAGAAAGCAUACAGUGUGCUACGUGAGUGUACGCUAAAUAUGAAAAUAAAAGUCAUGGCGGCACUUGCUGAGGAACCAGACGCAGGAAUUCUUGCCGAAACUCUCAAGAACCCUCCCAUGAGUGGCUCAAAGGGCACGAAAAAAGGAGAUCGAAUCAAAGCUGGUUCCUUGAAGAAAGGAAAAGGCAACAAAGCCACAUCCAAGUGCGGUCGUUGUCGAGAAAAGGGUCACAGGAAAACAAACUGCGCGGGAAACCCAGAAGUCCAGGAGAGGAUGAGGAUUGAAGAGGAGAAGAGGAAAUUGCAGCAGGAGAAGAGGGCAAGGUAA